CAAGAAUCCUCGAUCCCACUACCGAGUAGUUCGGGAUAGCUAGCUUAGCCUUUUCUUUAGCCAGGCUAGUGCUCCCCUCUCCCCACCACCACUAUCAUCUCCCUGCUCCUGCCUGCCCUCCUAGCUAGCUAAUCACGCGCGCUUAAUCCCUCCGUCCCCUGCCUCUCCUCUUCUCUUCCAUAUAUACAUAUCCCAUGGAUGCUGCUUGCUUCCAUGCGCUAAUAAUAACCUGAUCGAGCUAUCUCUCGUGUAGCCAGCUGCAUCGAUCGCCCCUUAUAUAGACUACCUGUGAGGCUCCGCUCUGGCCGUCGAUGAUGGCGUGGCCGCGGCAAGGAAGAAGCACGCACAAGGUAGCAAGCACGGGAGGUGCCAUGGACAUGGCGCGAGCCGCGUGACCCAACAAACCUAGCUAGGGAGGGAGAUCAGGAGCGUCCGUGCACGCAAGGAUGUGCUGAGAGAGAGCAGAGAGAGAGAAGAGCUGCUUAAGGAGGAGCUAGGGAGCAGAAAGAUCGAUCGAGGAGGUCGAGAAGGUUCUUGAGUGGCUUCUUGGCUUGCUGCUCGAUCGCCGGAGGGCAUCAUCAUGUGGAGCCUGGUGCGGCAGGGCCUGCGGUGGGGGCGCCGGCGGCGGACGGCGCGGGUGGUCGACGAGAGCGCGCUCGGCGGCGACGACGGUGCCGCCGCCCCGGCCGCAGGCGGCGCGGCCGCGGCGACGGUGGCGGUGGCGCCGACGCUGGGCGGAGCGCUGGCGAGGGCGCUGCUGGCGAUGGCGUGCGCCAUCCGCUUCGACGGCGAGGACGGCGGCGCCACGGAGGAGGCGUGGGCGGCCAGCGGGUGGCGGCCGCGGGCUGACGAGGUCAGCCACCUCAUGGUGCGCGAGAGCAUGCGCUACGCUAUCUACGCGUAGCCGUGUAUUUGUUUGAUAUACUAGCGUACGUAGGAUUCUACGUCCGUAUUUACAUACGUACGCGUAUCCACGGUCCACGCACGUACCAUUGGGUAGGUGUUAAGCAUAUGUAAUUAGGUUGAGGUGGUGCGUAGUAGGUGUAUAGAGUACUGUAUCUCGUAUUCUUGUACGUAUAUGCAGUGGUCACUACUGGUAGUCUACUAGCAUAAUAUAACAUAUAAAGUUCCAUGGUAAUUGCUGGGGUUGUGAUGCGCCUAUGCGAAUUUGUCCACACGGAUAUAAGAAAUCACAAAAAAGAUGGAUGUCAAAUUGCCAUUCAUCGGCCUUCCCCUUGUCA